AUUUUUCACGUAGGGGGCGGGCCGGACACGCCGUUCCCAUGGCACCAGGGCGCUCGGGUUACCGCGGAGGGAACCCCCGGACCCCCACGCGCUUCAGCGUCCCAGCCCACCCAUUCCUGCCUCUUCCUCAGCCCUCUUGAGGCGGGGCAGCGGAAGUGACCCCUCCCCAGGGGCCCUUACCCCUCCUCCACACCCCCAUCUCCCAACCGAGGGGAAGAGGCCCGGGGAAGGGGCGUCCCGGGUAAUUCAGAUCCUUUCAGAACCUGGGUCUCGUGUUCUGAGUGGGAGAGGCAGGCCUGUGCACACCGUGUGUGCGUGCUCGUGGGGGCAUCACCUCGCUGCUGCCCCUCUGCUGCCCGUGGGGGAGGAGAUCAUCCUCAAGGCACAGGAAGUGGCCUCUGGGUGUGCACACAUGUGCGUGCACAGCUUGCACACUCACCCUCCGAGCCUGACCCAGGCAGACCCUGGGCCUGAAGCCGGGAAGCCCCCACCCCGAGGAGGGAGGCUCUGGAGGAAGCCACCUCGGGGCCCUGCAGAAGGGGCUCAGCGCACCUGCUCACCGCCCAUUCCCCUUCUCACUCACAGAAGAAGGAAGGCAGGAGCCAAGGCCCCCUCCCGAGGAUGACACUAAACACGCAGCAGGAAGCAAAGACGCCCCUGCGACGGCGAGCCAGCACCCCGCUGCCCCUGUCCUCCCCGGGCCGCCAGCCUGGCCUGUGCACAGCACCUUCCACUUCCACACAACCCCGGCACCCACGCCUGGGCCAGUCGGCCUCCCUCAACCCUCCCACCCAGCAACCUUCACCUGCCCCCGACGGCUGGUCCUCUGAAUCCAGCGACUCGGAGGGCUCCUGGGAGGCCCUCUACCGCGUGGUGCUGCUGGGAGACCCUGGCGUGGGGAAGACCAGCCUGGCCAGCCUCUUCGCAGGGAAGCAAGAGCGGGAGCUCCAUGAACAGCUGGGAGAAGAUGUGUACGAGAGGACCCUCACAGUGGAUGGAGAAGACACCACACUGCUGGUCAUGGACACCUGGGAGGCUGAGAAACUGGAUGAAAGCUGGAGCCAGGAGUCCUGCCUGCAGGUGGGCAGUGCCUACGUCAUCGUGUACUCCAUCGCAGACAGAGGCAGCUUCGAGAGCGCCUCUGAGCUCCGCAUUCAGCUAAGGCGCACACAUCAGGCAGACCAUGUGCCCAUCAUCCUGGUGGGCAACAAGGCGGACCUGGCACGCUGCCGGGAAGUCUCCGUGGAAGGUGAGCCCUCUGGUCCACCCUCCUUCUCCGUAUUCCUCUCAGCCCCACUGUCACUGUUCCUGCUCUAGUGUGUCUUCAUCUCAGAGACUGCCUGCCACCUACCACCCCCAUUCUGCAUCUCCUUGCCUCUGCCUGAAAGCCAUUCCUGUCUCCUCUCACACUCCCCCAAACCAGUCCCCAAAUCCUCCCUUAACCCCACAUUCCCUUCACCCCAUUCCCAUAGCCUCUGACCCAUUCCGUUAUUUCCACUUUAGCCUGGGCCAGCCCCCACCCUAAUUCUGUAUCCCCACUUAAUCAGUUCUCAACAGCUGCCACAGUUUCCCAGAACCAGAUCUGACCUUGUCACUUCUUUGCUUAAAAAUUCCCAUUUGGCUCUCUCAUGCCCUUAGUCAGCGACACUUUAUCCACCAGGCCUGAUAGGCCUAGUCCUACAGGAUUUUCAACUACUGAGACCUAAAAAUUCCAUUUAUUGGCUGCAAAAUAGAGCGAGAAUUUAUAAAUUCCAAAUUCAGAAAGCUUUAAUUGUCUAUAAAACAUGCUAUUGUGCCAUCCAGCAACUGCAAACCAAAACGUUUAAGUUACUAGUAUAUAUAAAUAGCACUUAAAGUGAGGUGGGGAUAUUUUAAUGGUUGACAUAUCAGAUGGGACUCAUAAAGAUCUAAAAAUGGCCCUACUUUCGGGGACCAAUCUAAAAAUUAUGGAAUCUGAGACCCAGAGAGAGAGGAAGCCAGUUCCACUGGGUCACCAGCCACUGCGGACUGGAACUCAGGUCCCGGCCUCCCGGCCCAGUGGCAUCCUGGAGAUGGAAGACCAUAUGCUUUGUGAGCAGACCCCCAAAACUCCGCAGCACAAUCCCAGGAGAUUCCGUUAAAAUGCAGGUUCCCAGCGCACACCCCAAACCCACUGAAUCAGAAUCUCUCCCCGGAUGAUUCUGAUGCACAAAUUAGACUCCUUCGCUGCAU